CAUUGAGGAGGAGGAGGAGGAGGAGAGAGGAGGAGGGGGAGGGCAAGCCAAGGGGAAGGAGGGGAAGCCAGUGCGCGCGGCCACGGAUUUUCGUUGCAGAGCGGAGAAAGAGGCAACACGGCUCACCCGCACAGAAUGGCAGAUACGCAGGCUUUGAUGGAGAGGUUGGAAAGUGCUGUAAUUAGACUGGAGUCAUUAUUAUCAGGUUCACACAGGAGUGCUGGAAUGGAAUGUGGAACUGUCAAUGGAAUCAACGGAGGUGUAGCACCAUACAUUGAAGCCUUUGACAGACUCAUAAAUGGGAGUGUAGCCGAGUUUCUACGGAAUAGUAAGGUCCUUGAUGGUGAUGUGAAGACACAUGCAGAAAUGGUCCGUGCAGCUUUCCAAGCACAAAGAGCAUUUCUCUUGUUAACCUCGCAAUAUCAAGAACCUCAGGAGAAUGAAGUGGCAAUUCUUCUAAAGCCAAUAUCAGAUAAAAUCCAUGAAAUCCAGACAUUCAGGGAGAGAAACCGAGGAAGUACAAUGUUUAAUCAUCUGUCGGCCGUUAGUGAAAGCAUUCCAGCUCUUGGAUGGAUAGCAGUGUCUCCUAAACCAGGACCCUAUGUCAAGGAGAUGAAUGAUGCUGCUACAUUUUAUACUAACCGGGUGUUAAAAGACUACAAACACAGUGAUUUGCGUCAUGUUGACUGGGUGAAGUCAUACUUGAAUAUCUGGAUAGAACUUCAAACAUACAUCAAAGAUUAUCAUACCACUGGACUCACUUGGAGUCAAACUGGUCCAAUUGCCUCAGCAGCAUCUGGACUAUCUACAUUAGCAAGCAAUCAGGGCCCUCCUCCACCACCACCACUUCCUCCAGCACCAGCACCACCUCCAGUUUUUGAUACAGAAAAUACAAAAGAUGAUACAACUGCUACUCGCUCAGCCUUAUUUGCCCAGCUGAACCAGGGAGAAGCAAUCACCAAAGGGCUUCGCCAUGUAUCUGAUGACCAGAAGACCUAUAAGAAUCCCAGUCUUCGUGCCCAAGGGACACCCGUCCGAUCUCCUAUAAAAAGCCAUACUCUAAAUCCAACUACUCCCAAGACACCUGCUCAACAGAGCCAUUGUCCUGUGUUAGAACUUGAAGGAAAGAAGUGGAGAGUGGAAUACCAGGAGGACAAGAAUGACCUUUUAAUCACAGACACUGAACUCAAGCAAGUUGCUUACAUUUUCAAGUGCAGCAAAUCUACAUUACAGAUUAAAGGAAAAAUCAACUCCGUUAUACUUGACAACUGCAGAAAGUUUGGCCUUGUAUUUGACAAUGUUGUGGGUAUAGUUGAAGUGAUAAAUUCCAAGGACAUUCAAAUACAGGUACUAGGGAAAGUGCCAACAAUUUCAGUUAACAAAACUGAAGGUUGCCAUAUAUACCUCAGUGAGGAAUCCUUAGAUUGUGAAAUUGUGAGUGCUAAGUCAUCCGAAAUGAACAUCCUUAUCCCACAGGAUGGUGAUUAUAAAGAAUUUCCUGUUCCUGAACAGUUCAAGACAUCAUGGGAUGGAUGCAAGUUGGUCACUGAUCCUACAGAGAUUGUGGGUUAACUUCCUACGGCCAUACAGAAACCACUGACCACAAUCUCCAAAGAAAUUCAGCCUAAAGAAAACAGCAGCAUGAAGAACUAGAAGUAGCACUAGUUUGUACUGCACUGAUAGGCCUUCAAGCAGCUACUGUGUGCCGUAGGAACCGUAGGCUGCAUUACAUGUGAUAUUUUUUUCCCCUCAGAGAAGUUUUUCUGUGUAGGAAAAACCAUGAAUAAUGAUGUAUGAUGUUAUGUUUGAAAAAGGCGCAAAUGCUUGUUUUGCCAUGGUUACAUGUGCUUAAGAGCCACUCUGCGCAUCCCCAGUACACUUUUGUAGGCAUCCUGAUGUUCUUAAAAUUUCCAGAGUUUGCCUUUGUUUGCAAAUAGAUGAUACAUAAUGUCAUGUGAAUGUAUAAAGGUUUUUAAUAUUACUCCAUUCAGGUUAUUGGCUAUUUCACAGCAUACUAAGCCAAAUGUCUGCAUGAUACACUUUGUCACGUUUUCAGUGCAUUCCUUUUUUAUGUUUUGGUGGAAGAAAGAAAUAAUCUUAAUAUGUCUUGAGACAUAUAAAUUUGAGAUCAUUCAUAUAUCAUAUAGUGAAGCUGGACCCUAGAAAGUCUGUAGUUCUUAUAGGUCUUUUGUGCUUUCAAAAAUUGAAAAAGCACAACUCUUUGCAAUAUAUUUUGCUAAUGGAAAAUAAAAGCUAGAUAUUUUGAUUACUUAUUUUUAUUAACCAUCAUCCAUUCCUAUUUUCAUCCAGGUGAGUUGACAGUAUCUUUGUUUUUGUUCGGUUCAGGUUUUCUCAAAACGAUAACUUGUACAAAAUGUUACUUUAACAUAAAUCUUUUUGUACUCUACUAGGUGUUUCACUUCUCCUCUAAACCAUAUAACAUUUCCUUUGGGGGCCAUGUCUCUUUUACUAAUAAUCCUUAACAACCUAAUCCGAAUUAUUGAGCAUUUAUUUGGUAAUUUAAGGCUGUUACUAAAUGCUAGACAUUGUUUCUCUUGGAUCUGUCAAAUUCUAAGUGUUCCCAUAACACAUUUGGUCUGGAAGGGACCAGGAGAUCAUCAAACAAAAUUAUUUCAGGGCGACCAACUCAUGGCCCAUAGGCCAAAUAUAGUCACUUGGAACCCUACCAAAUAUUAAUCAAGAUGUUUUAAGAAAUUAUAGUUUCCCAACCAAGGAACAGAUAAUUUACUUAACUGAGAAUUCUCCUUCUACUUGUUUGCCCAGCAUUAGUUCAGACCUGGGCUUCUCACUGCUUUGUCCACUAGGAAGCAGGUUCUUUUGAAGACUUGCAGGACAUGGGCUGGGAAACAUCUCCCAUUUCCCCUCCAAGCCUGUCACUGUUGACCUAGCAAUGGACAGGAUAGAGAGUCCCCAAUCUACAGUAACCCACCCCCACAAUGAAGCACCAGAGAAAGUUCAGUCAAAUAACAGACGGUGAGACAGUGGGUGUUGAACUAUUGUUGGGCGAAUAAGUAGAAGGAGAAUUCCUUCUCUCUUUCUACAGUGCCUCUCAAUACCAGUUGUAGGGGAGCAACAGCAGGAGAGAGGGCAUGCACAUAUCUCUUGCCUGUGGGCUCCCUAGAAGCAUCUGGUGGGCCACUGUAUGAAACAGGAUGGUGGACUAGAUGGGCCUUGUGCCUGAUCCAGCUGGGCUGUUCUUAUGUUCUUGGGUAAGUAAAUUCUCCAUUCUCCCUACUUGUGACCCUCCAGUGGUCCAGACUCUGGGGCAUCACAAAACAGUGCCCUCUUGCUCCCCAGGUGGAGAAGUUGCUUGCAUUCUAGGGCUGAAUUACUGCCUGAAGCACCCUUUAACCAAGGGCUGCUUCAGCAGAGGAAAAAAUAUCCACCUUGUAAUGCUGCAUGAAUGUAUGCAUGGAUGACCACACUGCAGCCCUGCACACCUCUCCUGGGGAGGCCUGGGAACAGAUUGGCCAAGGGAUGACAGCUCCCCUGAUGGAAUCAAGGGGACGGGUGGAUGCCUCCAGGUGGGGAUUUACUCUGUGCUCAAUAUGCUGAUGCAAUGCAUAUUUGAGAGAGAGGUUUUGGAAGCAGGUUGUCCCCUAUCCUUGACUCCAUAUGUGAUGGAGUGGACUAAUGACUGCUGGAAUGGAUGGGCUUUCUUAAGGUAGGUUUUAAGGACCCUCCUGACAGCUAAGCAGUGCCACAUACAUUCUCUGGGAUGAGGGAGGAUGAGGCAGAAAGAAGGAAGUACCAAUUCCAGUUCUCUCUGAAAGUGGGAGUCAACCUUGGGUAGAAAUGAGGGAUAAGGCCUCAGCACUAUUUUAUCCCUGUGAAAGACACAAUGUUCUGGGUUGGCUGAGAGGGCUGCCAAUUCAGACAAUAUACAGACAGAAAUGAUGGCCAUCAGGAAAAUGAUCUUAAUUGAGAGGAAGAAGAGGGAGACUUCCUUGAGAGGCUGAAAGGGGCGACCUGUGAAACUUUUGAGGUCCACAUUUAGCUGCCACAUGGGGAAGUAGUGAAUGAUAGAGAUGUGCACAAAUUGUGAAUCGUAGCAUGAUUUGAAACACAUCCACUGAAACACAGCACCUUUAAAGCAGAAGAGAUCAGUGGCACUCCUCCAAACUAUCUUUGCACGCUGGUGGCGCUCUCCCCCAGCUGCCCUUGUGCAACACCGGCACGCACAUAGCCUCCAUGCAAAGAUAGCUGGGAGGAGUGCCGCCAAUUCAGGAAGUGGCAGAGAGUAGUGGAGGAGCAGGUAUCCACCUGCUCUCUUUUAAAGGUGCCAGGGAUGUAUUUUGAAUCACGCUGUGAUUCAUGUUUCAUGCAUAUCUCUAGUGAAUGACCAGGGAGACAACUUGAAGGCUGCCUUGAGGAAGUGGUUUACAAGUGAGUGAGCUCACAGUGGGGUAUCCCCACUGACUGUCUGCAGAGAGUGUUUGGUUUAAGGCCCAAAUCCAGCCCAUCCUGGAAGAAUUCAAGAGGAUAGAGGCCUCUGUCAAGGGAAGGGCCUUGAUGGGGCACAAUCAUAUGGAUCUCACCCUAGUUCCUUCAUAAAACUGGUUCAUGGAUGCUCACCUGGCUGCUAGGAGAGUGCCUGCUACCCUACCUGAAACCCCUAGGGCCACUAGACCCACUCUUUCAGUAUUUUCAUGUGAAGCUGGUGGAGCUCCAGAUUUGGGUAUAAAACUGACCCCUGAGAGAACGAGUCAGAAUGAAGGAGCAGUGAAAUGAAGGGUGGGUGAGCAGCUGGAUGAAUUCUGGAAACCAGAGUUGGCUGGUGAGGUCACUUGGGGGUGAUGAGGACAGUCUCUGCAUGCUCCUUCUGGAGCUUUGUCAAGAUCCUAGUAAGAACAAGGAAGGGGGGAAGGUAAUGAUAUUCUGAAAGAAAGGGCAGGCCGGGUAGACUGCCCUUAAUUCAGAUAUAUUGAUGCUGAAAGUCACUUUUUGUGUGGUCUACAUAUCCUGAGUUAAAAGAGUCUCACCUCAGGGUCUCCCCAACCUGAAAGGCUGGCAUCAGUGGUGGUUAUUCUGGGUGGCUCACUGGCUCAGUAAAGGUGAUGCCUAAGAAACUGCUUGUGUCCAACCACCAGACCAGAGAUGCCCUAAGCAUCAUCUGGAUCUUAUCUUAGAAAGCACCUUCUUCUGCAUGAUCCCCACCUUAUGUGAAGGUCAUCUGAGGAGGUCCAUCUUCAGUUACCACCAGUAUGUCUGGUGGUGACUCAGAGGCGGGCCUCUAUAGCUGCUCCUGGGCUGUGGAAUGCACUCCCAGAAAAAAUCUGCAAUCUGAGUUCAUUAUUGGUUUUCAGGAGAGCCCUUAAGACCUAUCUGUUUGGCCUGGCCUUCCAGGGUUUUUAAACUUAUAAAUGUUUGGCUUGGUCCUCCAGGGUUUUUAAACUGUUUAAAUGCUUUAAUUGUUAAUUGUUUUUAUGUUGUUUUUAUAGUUUUUGUUUUUAACUGUUAAUUGAUUUUAAUUGUUUUUAUUUUAAUGUAAAUCACCCUGAGCCAUUUUUGGAAGGGUGAUAUAUAAAUCGAAUGAAUGAAUGAGUAAAGUAAGUAAGCAGGAAACCAAUAUCCCUAGGAGGCAGGCAAGUUGCAGGAGGCAUACUCUCUGCCUGCUGUGUGAAAUCAGUGCCUGAAAAGAGCUGAUCCUCUCAGGUGAGACUGCAACUGUCUCUUAGAUUUGGUUGAUUAUUAUGCUAAGGUGUUGCAUUCAGUGUAUGGAAAUCAGUUGGCUAUUGCUCCAUUUGAUUAUGAACCAGUGGUCCUGAGGGGAAGCAAUUGCCAACCCUCAGCCUCCCCUCUGGAGCACACUCUUAUGAAGAUGUCAUCUAAAAGUGGGUUGGCUUGGACCAACCCCUCAUCUACGACAAUGGCAAUCAAGACUUUUGUGAACACCCUGGGUGCCAUAGCCAGACGAAAUGGCAGCAGCCACUACAAGUAAUGUCGGCCCUUCCAAAGUGAAGGAAUCUCCUGAUCAAGAUAUUCAGGUACACAUCUUUGAGGCUGAUGAAAGUCAAUAAUAUCCCAGGGAAUCUCUGAGAUGGAAUGACUCCUUUACCCACAUAUCUGAUGUAGUGAGGUCCCAGACCAGGCAGAAUGCAGACAGGUGGCUCCCUAUCGACUGGAGGGUCUACCAGCAUGUGGGAAUCAGUUUGAUUUCUUGGAGGCGCCUUUCUUAGAAGAGAAGGUGGGAUACCUCUUUGCAGCCUUGUUCUUGGUUACUGUGUGACAAAAAGAACUUGGAGGGCCUAGGCAAUCUCUCUGAUGCUGCUGAUGGGCAUGCUUCCUGCUUGCAUGCUGGUUAAUCUGCCACUUCUGAAGGGUUUAGGAUUUGCCUUGCAAGUGAAGAACCUCUGCUGCUUUAUCUGUGCUUUCCCCCCAGAGUCUACUGCCCUCAAAUUUGGUCCCUGUAAGAAUUUGCUUCAUAGAGAUAGGUUCAUCCCAGGGAUGGAGCUAGAUAGCUCUUUUUGCAGUCACCAUGGCUGUAUUCCUGCUGGCAUAGCACAAGGCCUCCAAGAGACCAUCCGCUACUAAGGACAUUUAUUUAUUGAUUUAUUCAUUUAUUGUCUGUUUUUGCAAUAAAAUACAUUUCCAACCCCUUAGAGAGAUUAUCUGAAGAUCUGAGCAACCCUCAAUUAGACAGAAAUUGACCAUCCCAGUUGUAGAUUUUAUUUUGUGUCGGGGAUAAGCGAGUUGUAGUUCUGCUUUUAUUUCCAUUUGUAAGGUAUGCAUGCAAGUCUUCAAACAUUUACAUAAAGAAAAGCCAUAGGUUACUUCUGAACGAAUUAUGAACUCAGACUGAAGGGAUUGUGUUUUGGGAUGGGGUGGGGUGGGCUUUAUAGUUUAUUGUUCAUUUUUAACAGUAAUGUGAAGUGUAGUACACAUUGUAUGAUUUCAGCACAAAAUAAACUCUACUAUAUGAUUUUAAUUACUUGUAAUACUUUGUAGCAGUGAAAUAAUGGUAAUAUGCUUGCAAAGCUAGAUCAGGAUAUAAAUUGUGCCUACUGCACCUUAUACGGUAAGUAACUUUCAUUUUUUAAAUGAUAUUUGAUUGUAAUAUCUAUUACAACCAAUAGUGUUCAAAUACUAAAAUUUUGCUAUCUAAUGUUUGAUCUAUAUGUAUAAUGUGGCUUUAGUACAUGCCUUUUUUCAACUGUAAACUUCUGACAUGAAUAAAAAAUAAAAUUGUAACUUGUUUAAAUACA